UAUAAUCUCCGAAGAAAUUGUUCAGAUCGGUUAAUGUUUCUAGCAAACAACCCGGUUAAAAAGAAUUAGUAAAAUGUUUUAUUUUUUUACUUACUUUUUCUUACGUCUUUAGAUUUGCUUAAACACAUAGUUACUAAAAGAAAUGCACCUGUGAAGGGUAUAUUAGCUUCGGUACAGCCGAAGUUAACGUUUUUAUACUCUCGCAACAAAAGUUGCUAAGAGAGUAUUACAGUUUUGUUCACCUAACGGUUGUUUGUAAGUCAUAAAACUAAACGAGUUACAUAUAGGGUUAUAUAUAUCAAAAUGAUCAGGGUGACGAGACGAGUCAAAAUCCGAAUGUCUGUUUGUCCGUCCGUCCGUCUGUCCGUGCAACGGAUAACUUGAGUAAAAAUUGAGAUAUCUUAACGAAACUUGGAACACGUAUUCCUUGGCAACCUGAGGAGGUUGCUUUCGAAAAUUUGCAAAAUCGGACCAUUGCCACGCCCACAAAAUGGCGAUAGCCAAAAACUUAUAAAGUGUCAUAACUAAGCCAUAAAUAAAGUUAUGAAAAUAAAAUUUGGAACAUAGGAUCGUAUUAGGGAGGGGCACAUUUGGAUGUAAUUUUUUUGGAAAAGUGGGAAAAGUGAUCCCGCCCUCAAAUAGGUUUUUUGUAUAUAACUCGCAAACCAAUACAGCUAUAUAAACUAAACUUGCUGCAGUCGUUUCUUUUAGCCGUUUCCUUAUACAGUCCAAAAAUGAAAGAAAUCGAAUAAUAACCACGCCCACCUCCCAAACAAAGGUUAGGUUGAAAAUGACUAAAAGUGGGUUAUAGCCUAGACAGACGAACAAAAUUAAUUGGCAUUAAGAAAUGAUAAUGCGCAUUGAAAUUUUAUAGUGACAGACGACAAAUUUUGUGCAUUUAUACAGCUGAUUGAGAAAUUUGUUUAUUUAUUACAAACGUGAAAUAAAAAUGGAUAAAAAAGAGUUAUUAAUGGCAAUUUUGGUAUUUUUGGAAAACAAAAAGAAAUUUAAUGAAAGAAUUAAAUUGUUAUUAAAUACAUUACAAGAUAAUGAAGUGCAAUUAAAAGCAAUAGUGGAUUUUAACGAAAUCAUACAUGUUGGACUUGUAUUCGCUCAGGAGCACCAUCGACAUAUUUGGAAAUUCGAUCGAGGUGGUAUAUUUUGGGAGCACGAUGUCCCAACCAUGGAUGACUCAAGGUUCAAAGAAAAUUUUCGGCUAGAUAGAAGGGCAUUCAAAAAAGUGUGCGAAAAGGUAAAGAGUAUUGGAAAAAUGGAUAGCAACAUGAGGCGCUGUAUCUCACUUGAAAAAAGAGUAGCUAUAGCACUCUUUUCUUUGGGUUCGGCAGCGGAAUAUAGGACUGUUGCUAGUUUGUUUGGCGUUGGGCGCAGCACAGUUGGAGAAAUUGUGAUCGAUUUUUGUCAUGAAGUAUGUGGUACUCUUUCGGAUUGCAUUAAUGCAUACCCCCCACAUCCGCAAGAAUUAAGAAGAAUUGUAGAAGGUUUCAAACUGAUGGGGUUCCCACAAUGCUUUGGUGCUGUUGAUGGCUGCCACAUCGAAGUGCAACCCAAAAAAGUGGAAGCCAUAGACUAUUACAAUUAUAAAGGCUGGUAUUCAGUCAUUUUGUUGGCAAGCUGUGAUCAGAGAUCAAAGUUCACGUACAUAAACAUAGGAUCCACUGGGAGAAAUAAUGACUCGUACAUAUUUGAGAGGAGUUCACUUAAGAAAUUUCAUGAACACGCUCGUAUUUUUAAGGAAAAUAGCGAAAUAAUUGAAGGCAUCAAUGUACCUGUGCUUCUUAUUGGCGACUCAGCUUUUCGUUUAUCACAUCAUAUGAUGAAACCAUAUCCAUAUGGGGUUAAUCAAUCGCCUGUUGAAAAGCACUUUAAUUAUCGACUGUCCAAAUGUCGCCGAGUGAUCGAAAAUGCCUUUGGUCAACUUAAAGCGCGCUUCCGUAAAGUUGGAAGAGGCUUGCAAGUUGCUCCUAAAAAUGUUAAUAUUAUAAUUAGAGCAUGUUGCAUUUUGCAUAAUUUUCUAAAGAUUGAGAACAAUGAAGUUUUUCCCGCAUGGAUACAAGAAGCAGAGAAAAUGACCAAACUGCGACAGCGGUUAGGAAUGCCAUAG